AUGCACGUGAAUGGGUUCUCAUGUAAGCCGGAAUCAAACAUCACCGCCUCAGAUUUCUUCUUCGCCGGGAUCGGAAAAACCGCCGUCGUUAACAACACAGUCGGCUCCGCAGUCACGGGAGCUAACGUAGAGAAGAUCGCGGGGCUCAACACGCUCGGAGUCUCCCUCGCGCGUAUCGACUACGCGCCUGGAGGUUUAAACCCGCCGCACACGCACCCACGCGCCACCGAAGUAAUAUUCGUGUUGGAAGGCGAGCUUGACGUCGGAUUCAUCACGACGGCGAACAAGCUCUUCGCCAAGACUGUGAAGAAGGGAGAAGUGUUUGUCUUCCCGAGGGGACUGAUUCAUUACCAGAAGAACAACGACAUAGCGAAACCAGCGUCGGUGAUCUCGGCGUUUAACAGUCAGUUACCGGGAACACAGUCCAUCGCCGCCACGCUUUUCACGGCGACUCCGGCGAUCCCAGAUCACGUUCUAACGACGGCGCUUCAGAUCGGGACGAAAGAAGUCGAAAAAAUCAAAUCAAAAUUUGCUUCGAAGAAAGGCUAA